AUGGAGAUUGUAGCCUUUGACGACCAUGACAAGCCGAUUGCAGCUGGAAAAGCACCCCGUCAAUACCUUUGGUGUGGGGCACUUGUCUUGUACCCGUAUAGGCCUGCAGGCACCAGGUUAGCUGGGUGA